UUCUUAGUGUUGUGCAAUAAGCACUCGCACUGAUUUGACACGUUGCAUUAACCAUUAUCUACGUAGUUUUAUGAGUCCGUAAUUUGAUUUUUUACAAAAUUUAUAAAAAUAUUUCAGUGUUACGAACUGGUCUGCCAAGAUGCUAGCGUUAUCUUUAGCCAUUUGCGCCAUGAACCGCAACAGUCUUCCCUAUAUAACUGAGUGGAUACUCUUCCAUCAUCUACAAGGUGUACAGCGCUUUAUCCUCUUUGACGACGACAGUCAUGACGACAUCAUGCUUCUCCCCGAACUGUUCCGUGACGCCGGUUUCGGCGACAUGGUGUCGGUGUAUCCGAUGAACUUUCUCCGACGUCACCGCCCCAGUCUGCACGACAGCAUUGACCAGUACGAAAACCAAUUAGCCGUCAUCCAGCACUGUAACGUCCGCACGAACCACUCCACAGAUUGGUUGAUCGUUAUCGAUACGGAUGAGUUCAUGUACUCGGAGACAUUCCCCACCAUCGUGGAAUUUCUGGAAAUGUAUGGAAAUAUGUCGGAAAACGGGACGAUGGUCAAUAGUUUUCAGGUGCAGACGAUUCGCUUUGGUACAUCGGGAUUAAUCAAUGAUUUCAAGGGAAAAAUACAACGCGAUGCCGCCACAUCUGCGGUGAACUUGUAUCACUACGCUAAUGGGAAUAAUGUUACCGACUUUCCCUUGUUGAUUGAACUACAGGAGCGGCGCGCUCCGCAUCCCGAUUUGGAUAAAGAUUUCCCCGAGCUAUUUGACAGAAUUUGCCAUGGUGAUGAAAUCCACUGUAAUCAUUCGUGGGGGAAGGCGCUGUACCGACCCGGAAGCUGUAAAUCGGGAUACAUACACUGGUGCGGCGAUCUUGAGGGUUUCCGGGCGGAGGUGCCGCUGCAGGAUUUGCGCGUGGAUCAUUUCAGUUUCCGGUCGAAAGAGAAGUCUUUAGCGCUUGAUAAAGAAAAAGACUGGCCGAAAACUGAGAGUUAUGACUUGUUUGAUGCCGGUUGGUUUUCUUUGAUAAAAGAUGACGCUAAAUCGAGAUUUGUACCACCGCUAAGAAAAUACCUGGAGCGGUUCAAAAUAACCAAUGUUGAUGAAAACACCUGGAACCGGCUUGCUAAAUAAAUCGCUUUGGUA